GAGCAACGCGUCACAUGUUGUUUUUCUCCACAACCGGAUCACUUGGACGCUCGCCUUGACCGCAGCUUUGACGUUAAACAUCGCGGAAACGUCUGCAAUGGACUGAAUGACAACAGCGUCGCCUUCACAUCUUCUAUAUUUGAUUUUUCCCGGCUCAAAUUGAGAACUUUUGUAGCAGAGAAAUGGCGAGUCCUCCGGGGGCGGCGGGACACUUAUUAUUGAAUGGCGUCAAGAAGUGCGGCGACCUGCGAAAACACAAACACGGACACCGGCGCUUUUUCGUGCUGAGAGAGCCAACCGAGAACUCUCCUGCACGACUGGAGUACUACGACAGUGAGAAGAAAUGGCGGAGCAAGGGCGCAGCCAAACGGGUGAUCGGUUUGGACUCCUGCCUCUGCGUAAACAAGCGGGCGGACGCCAAAAACAAACACCUGAUCGCUCUCUACACCAAGGACGAGUACUUUGCUGUGGCUGCAGACAGCGAGCAGGACCAGGAGAGCUGGUACGUGGUUCUGACGGACCUUCUGGCCGAGUGCAGGAUGUACGACAGCCCCGCGUCCACGUCCUCUCUAGUGGGCUUUGAGGAGGCCAGCUAUGGACUUGUUGCCCCUGCUGCCUACAAGGAGGUAUGGCAGGUCAAUUUAAAAUCCAGAGGCCUGGGUCAGGUGAAAAAUCUCACGGGCGUGUUUAGACUUUGUUUGUCCAGCCGGACAAUCAGUUUUGUGAAGCUGAACUCGGAAACGGCGGCGGUCUGUUUACAGCUGAUGAACAUCAGGAGAUGCGGCCACUCGGACAGCUUCUUCUUCAUUGAGGUAGGGCGAUCAGCAAUUACUGGGCCCGGGGAAUUCUGGAUGCAGGCAGAGGACUCUGUGGUGGCCCAAAACAUUCAUGAGACCAUUUUGGAGGCCAUGAAGGAACUCUCUGAGUUUAGGCCCAGGAGCAAAAGUCAGUCAGCCAGCACCACCCCGAUCUCGGUGCCCUCACGACGCAACCUCAACAACUUACCUCCAAGUCAGACGGGCCUGGUGAGGCGAUCCAGAACUGACAGCAUGGCUGCGUCGUCCCCAGGGAGGAAGUUUACAUCCUGCCGAGUGAGAACCUCCAGCGAAGGAGACGGAAGUGUGCCGUGGCCUGUGUCCACAUCAAUGCCUGUGACCGCGAGUCCCACCAGUUCAAACUCUGGCGUUCAACUCAGCAGGUCCCACACACUAAGCAGCGGGCGCACUUGCAGGAUGCUAGAGUCGUCCUCUAACCUGCAUCACAGCCUGUCUGUAGCGAUGUCCAACUCCCCUCCUUGUCCCUCCAGCCCCAUCAGUGUUUCUCCUGGAUAUGCUGGGCUCUCCACCCCUGACAAGGCUGGCCGACCCUUCAGCUGCAGCGCUUCCAUCUCUGGUUCCCUUAGCGACACCACCUUCAUACUGUGCGAUGAUUACAGCUGUAGUCCAGUCGACGCAAAGUUGUCCUUGUCCUGCACCGACUCCCUGUCCAGCACACCCCCAUCACGCAAUGAAGGAGCAGGGCUGGAUAAAGCUUACAGGAAGCGAACGCACUCCCUCACCACGCCACGCCAACAAAAGGUGGUUACACCGCUGUCCUCUGCCUCCCUGGAUGAGUACAUGCUCAUGAGGUUGAGUGGCUAUGGACACAACACCACCUCACCCAAAGUGAGCUAUCCAGAAGAUUAUGGAGACAUAGAGAUAGGCUCGUCCAGAAGUUCAAGUAGUAACCUUGGUGACGACGGCUACAUGCCCAUGACUCUAGGUGUGGCGCCGCUAUCAGGCAAGGUAGACAACUAUGUGCCCAUGAGCCCCAUGUGUGUCUCUGCUCCAAAGCAAAUUGUAAACCCCAGAGUGCAUCCUCACGGGGCUGCCAGCAGGGGCUGUAAGACCAGCUCCCCCUCCAGCAUCUCACUGGAGGACAACGGUUACAUGAGAAUGUGGUGUGGCUCCAAGUCCUCCAUGGACAGCCCAGGCAGGCAUGGAGAAUACAUGACCAUGUCACCAGGAAACCCCCCUGCACUGCAGACUCCCCCUGAUUACUAUACAGGUGCAACGGCUGUAGAACCGACAUCAGUGAGGGCAGCGUACCAAUCCAGCUCCCACACACUCCCUGCUAAUGUCCAAGCCUCCAAGAAUGAUGAGGGAAGCCAGUAUGUGUUGAUGAGCCCUCAGAGUUCCCUCCGGGGAGGGUCAGAUUCAGACUACUAUUCUAUGAUGCAACCUGCUGCAGCUCAAGCUUUGUCACAAAGCUCUUUAACGGCAUCCCCAGCAAGACACGACUGGGUGGAGAACCGGCCCCACAGAGGGAGACUGGGCAGACCCAACAGGCUGCCCCUUGACACCAUCAGGACCCUGCCUAGCAUGAAUGAGCACCCAGUGCCCGGCAAGCCCAGUAGCCCCGGAGAGUACAUUAACAUCGACUUGGAGAGGAACCGAUUCUCUCUGCCUUCAAAUGAGUCUGCAGAGAGGAGGCUGUCAACUUUGACUUCAAGCGACGAGUGUUCCAGGAGGUCUUGUCUGACUUCUUACAGCAAACUUGAGUUGGCCUCGCACCCGCUAGAGGAGGCUGAAGGUAUUGUUGCAGACCACUUGGAUACACUCCCAGACUUGUCUACGUGUCCGAGCUCAAAAGAGGAUGGUGUGUACCAUCUGGACGACGAGAACAGGCCAAGAGAGAGGAAUGAUGUUGAAAGUGACUACACCGAAAGGACGUUUGGGAUGAACAGCUCAUCCCCGCAACUUGUCCCUCAGGGGACAACAAGUAGCCAGAGCGGCAGAGGAAGGAGGCAUUCGUUGGAGGAGCUGGCAGUCCCAGAAGACAUUGGGGUCUUCCUCCUGGAGGGUGCCUCUUCAUCCACACUGAACCCUGUUGGCUCCGCCAAGGUGAUUCGCGCCAACCCCCAAGGACGUCGACGCCAUAGCUCCGAGACCUUCUCCUCCAUGGCCACUGUCACUCCUGUCUUCCCUUCAUUUGCUCACGGGGAGACUGGGAAGAGGCACAGCUCCGUGGAGAACAUCUCGUCACGAAGCAGUGAGGGCUCGGACGAGGAGUAUGGAAGUCCCGUCAACCGCUCAGCUGGUUACCCUCACGGACUCAACUAUAUUUCCUUGAACCUACUGGAUGGCAAAUGCGAUGAGUUGGUUGGCUUCAAACCAGCAAGCAGCUGCAAAGGCGGCGUUGGUGGAUUACACAGCACGCCAUAUGCCUGCUUGGGCUUCAAGGAGGCUGCAACCACUGCCAAAGAUUGAAAUGGACAUCUCGGAUCAACAAGACACCAUUACUGCACACUGACAACCCAAAAGAUGACACACACACACACGUGCGUGUCUGUACUUUUUGCUGUGACCCAAACGUGAGCUCGAGCAUGCAGGCAAAGGCACCGAUAUUACUGUAUAUUUAUUUAUUAAUUUAUAUAUAUAUAUAUAUAUGUGUGUGUGUGUGUGUGUAACAAAUGCACGCGUUUUGCAGGUUAAGCCUUAACCCGGAAGUGAUUAAUCUUCAUUCAUAUUUGAUAACACAAUAUUUUAUUUUUAUUAAUCACAUGCGUUAACGCAUUAAGGUUGACAGCCCUAAUAUAUAUAUAUAUAUAUAUAUAUUUAUUUUUUAUAUGUAUAUUUCUGUGAUGAAAGUUUAUCAAAAGUAACUGGAGGAGCGAUCGCGCUACAGUACUAGCUCAAUCCCUCCAACACACGCACACUGUCCACGUGCAUGUGUGCACCCCAGGGAUUACUGUCGAGGAGCGAUCACACCUUGUGCAUGCAUGUGUUGAUAAUAAACCCUGCCCCAAAAAGCUGUAAACCUCGAGGUACCACCUCAGGUGUGUGUGUGUGUUGGUUUAAAGUAGUAAAGUAUCAGUCAGUGAACACUGUCCCUGUGAAAGUAUAGAAGUAUGUACAUGGAGAUAUAACAGGUGUGUUUAUUUUGAAGGAUUCAUAUCUAUGAAGUUGCACCCAAUGCCUUAAAUGUCUAUAUUGUUAUUUUCUAUCAAAGAAUAAGAAUUUCUAUAUUGUUAUUCUAUUGUCAAAGUAUUUUAUGAUACAUUAUUCCAAGAAAUGGAGCAGGUAUGUUGUAUUAAUACUAAAGUAUUUUCAUGAUAUGCUAUUUAUUCUCACAAGUUUAUAUUUGUGUCAGUCAAAAAAUAUAUUUGUAAAUGUGUAAAGUUCUAUCCCAAUGUUCCGCCUUUUCCCCGACCUCCAGCGCCACACCCUGAUGUGAUUGGACGGCAUGUACACGUGACAAUAGCAGGGACUUGACGGACACUAGCAAGAUAAAACAUGGAGGAUUUCAUGGGAAUUUAAGAACUAAAAGAAAGUCCAAAUGAGAUUACAUUUGUGGGAAUCAUCACAAAUACUAGCAAAUACUAAUAUUCUUCCUGUACUUAGACCUUUCUUUGUCCAGUCAAAAUCAGAAUACAAUGACUACAGUACAAAUGUAUGUAUAGUACCACAUUGGCUCAAAAAGGAAUUUGUAAGCAAAUACACACACUUCAGGGUACUAGACGUUGAAGUCUUAGAACCAGGUUCUACUGUAUACGGGUUGGUACGAGUGCACACACUUCAGGGUACUAGAAGUUGAGGGCUUAGAAUCAGAUCCCAGUGUAUACGGAGUAGAACAGGUACACACACUUCAGGGUACUAGAACUUGAAGGCUUAGAAUCAGAUCCCAGUGUAUACGGAGUAGUAUAGGUACACACACUUCAGGGUACUAGAAGUUGAAGGCUUAAAAUCAGGUCCCAGUGUAUACGGAGUAGUACAAGUACACACACUUCAGGGUACUAUAAGUUGAAGGCUUAGAAUCAGAUCCCAGUGUAUACAGAGUAGUACAGGUACACACACUUCAGGGUACUAGAAGUUGAAGGCUUAGAAUCAGGUCUCAGUGUAUACGGGGUAGUACAGGUACACACACUUCAGGGUACUAGAAGUUGAAGGCUUAGAAUCAGGUCCAAGUGUAUAUGGGGUAGUACAGGUACCCACACUUCAGGGUACUAGAAGUUCAAGGCUUAGAAUCAGGUCCCAGUGUAUUACUGACAUGGCAGAAUGCAAAAACAAGUUUAAAGAGUUCAUUGACGUGGGUAUUUAUGAUCUAUGCCUAUUCAUGUGUUGUAAAUAGAUUAACUGUGCUGAGAGUACAGAGAAUUAAUAAAUAUAGAUUUUACAACUAGAAUAUUCCUGUAAAAAAGAUAUAGAUUUGUUUUGACUGUGUGUUUGAUGCUUUCUUUUUCACAAUGUAAAAUAAAAAUAUAAUACCUGUACAUCAAUUGCCUUGUUGACAGACUUGCCCUAAUGGAAUAUGCAAUGGAGACAAUAUUAUAUUAUUAUUACAAUAUUGUAGUUUACAACAGCCCAACCAAAUGAACAUCUUUCUUUGGUUUGCGCUUUCUACGUUUUACUUUUUAGUCUGGUGUCCUCGUCUUCCAUUGUACAUUGAUCCAUUUACAUGGAUACAUUGUGUACAUGAUCUAUUGUAUAUUCAUGUCAUGGUGGCAACACUGACAACAGCUGAUUUGAAUGAUUUCAUCCUUUCUGGUCGUCAGUUAUUGCUUUGAAUUGUAUAAACUGUAUAGCAACCCAAACAAAUAAAUAUAUUUAAA